CGGACAGAGAGAAGGUUCUCCGCUUCAACAGUGCUUGAACGGCAACCUUAGCUUCUGUCUUUCCUCGCAAUCAUUUCCUUUAAUUCUGAUCAGUUUCAGCACGGAGAAAUUACUUAAUCGUUAAGGUAUUUAGAUUACAUCGCUGAACAAAGCCAUAAACCUUCCGCUUGAAGCCGUCCAGCAUAGCUAAACUACAAAGCUAAACCGACGAAGCAACAUGAGCUCUCAGGUGAGACAGAAUUUCCACCAGGACUGCGAGGCUGCCAUCAACCGGCAAAUCAACCUGGAGUUGUACGCCUCCUACGUCUACUUGUCCAUGUCAUACUACUUUGACAGAGACGACCAGGCUCUGCACAACUUUGCCAAGUUUUUCCGCAAGCAGUCACAUGAGGAGCGCGAGCAUGCCGAGAAACUGAUGAAAGUCCAGAACCAGAGAGGAGGAAGAAUUUUCCUACAGGACAUCAAGAAACCAGAGCGUGACGAGUGGGGCAGUGGUAUGGAGGCUCUGGAGUGUGCACUACAGCUGGAGAAGAAUGUUAACCAGUCCCUGUUGGACCUGCACAAGGUGGCCACCGAUCACAACGACCCCCAUAUGUGUGACUUCAUUGAGGCACACUACCUGGACGAACAGGUGAAGUCCAUUAAGGAGCUUUCUGACUGGGUCACUAACCUGCGCCGUAUGGGAGCGCCUCAGAACGGCAUGGCUGAAUAUCUGUUUGAUAAACACACACUGGGCAGUGAGAGCAGCUAAAUCCCUUCCAAGCCACCUUCAAUUAGAUACGGUCCUGCCAAAAUGAUUACCUUUUUUUUUCUCCCCCCCACCAGAUGGUCCAAUUAGUGCUCAGUUUUCAGCUUCUUCCUGCUUCAACAUGCUUCCUGUCUGCUCCUUAGUGUAACUUAUGUGUGAUGUAUUGCUGAAGGUGUAAUUCCAAUCAAAUAAAAAAAAAACUGCUGGA